UCCCUAUACAAAAGCUAAGAAAAAGCAGGAUGCAUAAACAACAAUACGAGAGAAAAAACUAAAACGGAAAGAGAGAAUUAAAACUUUUCCCACAAGACAAAAUAUAUUUUGCAGACAUGGGUACAAGAAUAAACUGAAGCCUUAGGUUUCCCUGAAUUCCUCCCGGGGGAUCCCGGACUCCAGGGUUGCACAGACAGGCUCCGUAAACUUGGGCUGCCCUCCGAAGAUACUCGGGAUCCGGGUCGGGCUUGCCGGAGGUGAGACCUCCUCCUCUUCCUCUCUGCAGCCCCCUCCCCCAGCUGAUGAGCUGCCCCCCAUCCUCACCACCGCCUACUCCGGUUGCCCGGCAACGGCGGGGUCCCGGGCGACGAGGACAGAGGCGGGAGGUGGCGCGGGGACUGUGAUCGCAUCGGCGGCUCCAUCUCCCCCAGCAGCACGACUCCAGCCGAGCUGGUCCUACUCCUUGGCGGCCGCGGCGUCCUCCUCGCCUCCCCCUGAGCGGCUGAGCGGCGGCGGAGCUCUCGGAGGCGGCGGGACACGGGCGUUGCGGGCGGGGAGGGAGGGAAGGAAGGGAGGAAGGAAGGAUCAGGAGCCCGAGGAUCGGCUGGACGGCACGCGGGAUUAUGGGGUGAGUGCGGGGAGGCGAGCGGGCUCCUGAGCCGGUGCAGAGGGCCGCCCGGCUUCCUGCGAAGACCGACCCAGCCUAGUCUGGCUCCCGGAGCUCAGAGGCUCCAGAACACGGGCGGGAGGCCGCCAAGGUAACGGUUAUCCCGGCCGCGCGCGAAGCCCCUUCCGCGGAAAGCAGCCGGGGGACGAGAUGCUCCUGAGCAGGGGAAGAGUGCCACCAAGAGAACGGCAGCCCUGCCCCUCUGCCCGGCAUGGCUUCGGUGGAAAGCCGAGAGGAAAUGCUGCCGGAAGCUCUUGAGCCAGGUGCAGAGUGCCUUCCCUACAGCAGGGGGUGGGAGUUAAAGAGGCCCUGAAGUCAAAGGCAAGGGGGGUGGGGUCUGAUCACGCUCGUAAAAAACGGAAGGAUGGGUGGGUUGUGCCCCUCGGCAGCUUCUGAUCCUGGCACUCUCAAGCUUCAGUGGACCUCCGCAGGCUUCCCCAGCGCUAACUUGCAGGACCAAACAUUCAAGGAGUUGCCCUUUGUACCCUUGCCAUAAUAAGGCGUGGGAUGUUGAAGGCAAGGUACAUGUUUGGAGGGUCAAAGAGGGACUGCCCCCCCCCCAACAACCUCCAUAAAGGAGAGAGGCAAAAGAGAGAGCCAGCUUGGUCAGGCAGAAGGCACGCAACCAGCAGUGACAGCAACUGCUAUGAAUUCCUCUGGACAGAACCAAAGUGAAAUCAACUCUGACAAAGCCGCGACCAAGCCGAGAAAUGCGGAAACAGAGAUUCGCUGUGUCUAUCCCAAUGAGAGGCGGGAGAGGAAUCAGAUUUACACCCUUCUGAGCAUCAGCAAUAGUGUAAAUGAGCAAGAGGAAAGGCCCUUUGAGUAUGCGAAUGGAACGGGAUGGGAGGACGCAAUCCAAAGCUGGAGCAAAACAGCCCCGUUUGCUUACCUUCAAUUACAAAAGAGAACCCGAAAGUCCAAGACCAGUGAGUCCGUCAAUCGAUGCCUCUACUGCUUAGAUUUGACGCAAGGCGUGGAAUUGGAGCCCAAGCAUAUUGCCCAAGUCAAAUCUGAUUUCAAACUCAACCCAAGCGCUGCUAUGGGCAGCCCUCCGGAAAAACAACAGACUUUGCUGUACUCUAAUUCAGUCAUGACGACAACUGCUGCUGCUGCUACUACAACUUCUGCAACAGAUGAGCCUAAGAGAGAAACAGAUUAUAGCAAUCUGCACUCUAUUCAAAUGUCCCAAGGAGAAAAGAAAAGAAUGGUCUUAAGAGAAGCCCAAGCGACUCUGAGUGAAAAAAAGUUAUUUCUCCUGAAAGAGCACCUGCUCUUCCCGGCGGAAAAGAAACCGGUGCCCAUAAAGGAAUAUAACAUCCUGUCACCAGGAAAACCCCAAAGUCUAGAAAUGGCCAAGGCCAAAGAGCUAAGGAGCCACGAGCCUCUUCUGUGGAAUCAGUCUGGCACUGAAAUCACUGCUAAGUCAUCCUUAGUCCUGCCACCCCUGAAGGAUCCAACGCUCAAACACAGCCUGGAUAACUCUCCAAAGAAAAGAACCAAGCUGGGAAAGAGUUACUCCUUUCAUAUGCUGUGAGACCCCAAAGCGGCCCAAGAAGUCAAGAAUAACUCAACCAACCUCAAGUCUACCUCACCAGAAUACGUCACAGUCUCUUAAGAAAAACGUGUCUCGGGGAACCAACCAACAACCAAGUGCGGAGUGCAAAUUCACCAAAGGAGAACCUAUCACAAGCAGCAGAAAAGCUGGGAGUUCCUGCUUUAAGCCUUAUACCUACAUCCCAAAGAUAAAUGCCAACCCGGAGGGAGAAAGGGUAAGAGGAAAAUUAGACUCCAUUCAGACGUUCCUAGGGGAGAAAAGGACUUUGCCGAUAAAGGAGUAUGAAAUUGAGUAUUCUCAGCAGGCGGAACAGGAGACCCUGAGCAUGCCAAAAGCGAGCCAAGGCCACCCUCCAGACAGCUUGGGCUGCCUCACUUUAAACGCGCUAUUGGUCUUCCAGCCAGAAGACGGGGUCAUCAACCUGCACCUGGAGCCCCCUCCUAAACCUAAAGCGAUAGUGGCCAAGAGAUCGGGCAAGAGGCACGGCACUUCGACGCGCAUCGUCUCUCGCAGCUGUGCUGCGAAAGAAGCCAAAGAAAAGAAUCAAACCAAAGUAGAUAUAGAUCAUAUGGUGAAAAAGCAAAUACAAAAAUCAUGUACCGCUCUCUGAUUGGUCCAGGAUGCACGAGGGUUCUGUUUUGUCCUCUUUGCAUGGCGCGGGAAACAAAAAAACAACAACUACAAAGCCAUUGCUUGGCGAAACCAUAAAGGUUCCCUUUUAUUGUCUAUCCCUGUGAUGGCAAGCCUAUGGCACGCAUGCCUGAAGUGGCAUGUGGAGCACAUACGUUGCCUGUUCCUCUUCUGGGUUUCUGGCUUGUGUAUGCGAGCGAUGAUCAGCUAGCCUUCGUGCGUGCUGCAGUGUCGGUGCACCUACCAGCUGAUAGUUCAUUUUCCAAUGCAUGCAUGCUCCCUGGGCACCUCCUCUUCCAGGCUGCAGCUCAGAUGAGUGUGUGCACAUGCUUCCUUUUGGGCACUCGGUGCUGAAAAGGUUUGCCAUCACUGGUCCAUCCUCAGAAAUACAAAGAUUAUUUACAAGGCUGGCAGUAUCAAUAGUAAGUGCCCAUCUUUAAUGGGUAGAAUUAUUCACAAGGGAGUAAUUGUUGCCAGGGGUCAAUUUCCCAAAGAGGUGCAAAACAUUAUGUACUUGCAUUCUUGGGCUUUGCAACUUUUCAGGUUCUUACGUCCCUUGAAAAGUUCCCCUUUAAGAAUUUAAGAUUCUUCAAGACACAAAGAGUUACCACACUGCCUCUAUGGAAGCAGUUUCAUUUAGGGCUAUUAAACAUAUUUGCAAUGUUAUGCAGGGUGUAUACUGCAUGUAAACCUCCAAUGCAGAGCAAAAGUUCAGAUUAGCCAUUUUACUGAGGGGAGAGAAUUAAGAGGUAGCAUCAAAAUAUCAAAUGGUUGUGUGAAUGUUGGUUUCCUCUUUGCAAUUCAUCUUUAGUUGCCUGCAAGUGAGUGUGCCUGUAUCGAGGUAUUAAAAAAACACCCAACCCCAGAAGCUUGUGCAAUUUUAACAGAUGCAACAGUUAACAAUCCUAUGUGAUCUUCAGGAAGCUGACCACAAAGUUGAAGCGGAAAAGUAAAACGUUUUUUCCUAGCUCCAAAGGAAAAUAAGCCCAAAUUUGGCAAAAAAGGAAGCAGCAUUGAAAAGUGAAAUAUAUAUAUAUAUGCAGUAAACUCUAUCAACUGUCAGCAAGAGCACAAAACUCUCCAUAAAAGGAAGAAUCCACAAUUUUUAUUUUCAUUUUUUCUAUCAUCUUCUCCCUUCCUCCACUUCUGUGCGAUUAAACUAGUGUUUUCUUAUGCCCCCCCCCUUAAAAAAAUACUCCCUUCCUGGCGGAUAAACUGGGCAGAUCCAUCAUUUCUCAGGCAAUUAACAAUGGGUGGGAAUUCACAGUUCACAGGCAUUGCGCAACAGGGUGUCCAAUUAGACUGUGAUUUCAGAUUCCAGAACGGUGCUUCCAGUGAGUAAAUCUUCCUCCCUCUAAAUAGCUCCCUGUCUAUAGAAAGCUAGUUGUUAAACCUGUUUUCCAACAAGCCAGCUUUUCUCAACUGAUGGUGCUUGUGCAUCCAGAUGUCAGCAUCAGGAAAGCCUCUGCACUCUUUCCUCCAGAGCACAAUCUGCUUAUUCAGAAUCGCAGUCAAUUUUCAAUUUCCAUAAAAUCAGAGGAUUAUAGCAAGAGGUUCAAUUGAAUAUGCCUUACAGGUCACUUCAGAAUCAAAACUGAGGCUAUAUAGCUGACCCUUAAAACUGGCUCACUUGCUGGAGGUGGCAGAUGGGGGGCGGUAAGACAACCUCAUUCCUGUCCCGUCCAUCUCUUAGCUCUUUCAGUUGUGGUUUUAGUAGUUUUUUUAAAUAACAUUUCAAUUUGUGUAGCUUUAAUAUUUAAAUUGUAUUUUACCUCUUUUAUGACUUGGGAGAUGCCCGGAGUCACCUUGAAGGGGAGAUGGGCAGCAUAAACAUUUAAUAAAUAAAUAAUGAUAAUAAAUAAAACUUUACUGACAACUUUUCAAAGCAAGGGGAAGACCCCUAUAGGCCCUUUCUGAGUGGACGCAGAAGUAAUGAACUUCAUCCUACAUCUUGCAAUAUUUUAGAAUACAAUAGAGUUGGAAGGGACCUUGGAGGUCUUCUAGUCCAGCCCCCUGCUCAAGCAGAAGAACUAUACCAUCUCACGCCACUGACUGCCCAUUCUCUUCUUAAAACCUCCAGUGAUGGAGUUCCCAUGAUUUCCGGAGGCAAGCUGUUUCAUUGGUUAACUGUCCUUACUGUUAGGAAGUUUCUCCUUAAAUCCAGGUUGCUUCUCUCUUUCGAAGGACUUCUUUCAAAGAACUCCUCUAAACAAUACCACAGCUUUGUUUUUCUCACACCGAAAUAUUUAAAGUUACCUUCUAAAUACAACAGUGAAGUAUCUGUCUUCAGAUACUUGAAACGUAUGAGACAGACUUCUGCCAAAGAAACAUUUUGGACUCUUCUUCCUGUGAGAAAGGAAGCACCAAAAUUUCUCAUGCAAAUAUUUCACAUGUAGUUGCUUGCAACUGUUACUUAUUAGGACCUUAUGUGGAGGAGCAACCUGUAAGACUGCAUUCAUGUUAAAUGAGCAACCUGUAGGACUGCAUUCAUGUUUUAGUGUCUAAAGAUUAAAUUAAGGUUUUGGCCCUCAUUAAUUCUGAUACUGCAUUGAAACAGGACUACAUCUCUUAAAAUUUAAGUUUAGGAACCCAUGAAAGGUGUGUUUAUUACAUGAAAUGUACAUGUAUGGAACUAAGUGUGCAAACAAAACCAUUGUAAUACGGAUGUAUCAAUAGGAAAGGAAUAGGCCUUUUAUCUCAAAACUGUAAGUAGGAUUAAUAACAUAACCAUCAAUAAACAUUUCAAAUAAAUAAUUAAGAGACAGGCUUAGCUUGUUUUUGUCAAUAAAUUGAAUGCAAAUUUUUUUUUUUAAAGGGAUUGGUAGUUUGAUUGAAAAACAGCUGAGAAGGAAAAGGACUCAUGUAUAAUUAUCUAUUAUAACAAAACUUCAAUUCAGAACAAGUGGCUUAUUGUUGCAAACAUUUAUCCUCCUAAAACUAUCCUGAUAAUGUGCUUGGAUCUUGCUAAAUAUGCCUACAUAGCCAUCAUAUUGUUUUUUUUAGAUCUAGAAUACUUCUCACUGGCAGAUAAGACCAGCACAUGGCUGGAAAUGAUCCUACAAAUACAAAAUUAAAGGCUGCAGCAGAAGUUAAGAUACCAAACUCCCGUCGAUAAACUAGUCACACAUAAGGAUGUUGUUCUUGUAUAAAAUAACCCCUAUUUGAGCAACAGACUAUGUAAAGGGAUGGAAGGUAUCCCUUUUUGGAACAAACUCAGCAGCUCUUCCUAGGACCUCCAUAUAAGAGGUAUUGAUAAUGUUACUCAACUCCCUUCAGAUCUAACCAGCAUGGCUAAUAACGAGAGCUAAUAAAAAUGGUAACUCAGCAAUAUCUGGAAGAUAACAUUGCCAACCCACUUCAAAGGAUGAGUCUCAAGUUUUUUUUCUUUUUUUUUAAAACCUGAUUCAUCUUUUUUUUUUUAACCAAACCAUUUUAGGUUACUUAUUUUAAGAAAGCAAGACUGCCAAAAAUGAGACAAUUUGUAAAUCCAUACACGAGACUUGUGGCUACAUAUUCAUAGACUACAUACUGUAGACCAGGGAUCUGCAACCUUAAAACUCAAAGAGCCAUUUGGAUCCACUUCCCACAGAAAACACCAGGAGCCAAUA